UUUUAUCUUUACAUAUUGAUAAUAAACAUCGCAGAACUGUGAGUAGUGCAAGUAGUAGAACUCGGAGUCGAACACGGGAACUGUUUUCCUAUGUAAAAAUUUGCUGAUAAAUUUUAUCGCCGUCUGUCGUCAACUAGCAUUUGACGUGUGUCCCAAGUGUAUGUGCCGUGAACGACAAGUAGUGAAUCUUGAUAACGUGUCUCUGUGACGCGUGAUUGUUUUAAAAUCUGCGCUACAAUGUCUGGUAAGGACUAUUUUGACGGGACCGAUACGACGUAUGAUGUGGCUGUGGCUGCCUUCAAGUUACCAGUUGUUGUGUCACCGCAAGACAGUGCACAGCAUAGUGAUAACGGCGCUAGCAUUUCAGCCAGACAUCGGCAGCAAAUUGAGCAUUCUACAGAGAUCGAAAGCGGAUCGAGCAUCUCACGGAACGAUUCCGAAGAAGUUAGUGAAAGUGAAACCGUUCCUAGUAAACAAUCCGAUAACGGAGCGGCCAGUUGUGUCGCGAGAGAUAAGACAGGCGCGUUAUCAAUACAGCUCGCGAACGGUAGUGUAGGUGGUAGCGACCACACAAGUGAAUCUAUGAUUUUCUCAUCGAUAAGAACUAACGAGGAGCAUGUAAACACUCCUUCGGUGAUUACAUCCAGUUCUAAGCAGCUACAGGAGAGCACUCAAAGAUAUGAAACCUUGACGAAUGUGAAUCAACCGCUGGCGUCUCCACCGCGCUAUUCCACCUUGCAGUCCGUGAUCAGUCCGAAUUUGCAUCAACAGGUGGGCUACUUCAGUUACACUGGACAAGAAUCCACGUUCAACAGUUGGCCAUACGAUUUGUCCUACAAGACAACUGAUCUUGUACGGCAUCCUCAUCAUCACGAAGAACAGUCGGAGAACGACGAACGCAGUUUGGACCAUCAUCACCACUACCAGCAUAGGGACGUUUACAGCGAUUCCAGUAAUCAUCAUUCGCACGAUCCGCAGAAUCAGCCACCAGUGCAGCCGCAUUCGAAUUUGAGUUUAAGCAUCAAUUCCAUUAGUAGCGAAUCGUCAGCCAUGAGGAGCAGUUUGUUAACAUUGUGUCCGACUUAUCCCUCGUCUUUGGGACAGCACGUUGGCGAAGAUCUCCACCACCAAGCCGGUCACCCCCAUCAUCACAGUUCCGCGAUCGAUGAGGUGAUAGCCGAUACACUGAAAGACGAAAGCUGUGCUAUCGUUGAUCAAUAUUUGUCCAUCGGGGGUGGUGGAGGUAUGGUUCAUGCUGGCGCGGAUUUGGGCGAAGACUCGCCCCAACAUCACCAUCACGAGCUGCAUGAUAUGAAGGACUACAGUGUAGUUUAUCAUAACAAUAACGACAAGACCGUUAUCAACUUUAAUCAUCAUCACCACCAUCAUCAGCAGAACACACACAAUGGUAAUAGCAGCGGUGGCGAAUCGCGUAGCCCAUCGGGUUAUUCGCAUGAAGAACUGGACGGCAGUUUGACGAGCUUUACUCAGUUGAUCAACGUACCUCGCGGGAGUGAUACCACCUCUUCGUCUGCGGCGGCGGCUGCGGCGAACAUGUAUCAAUCGUCACCGGUUCACGAUCAUACGACCGCGGCGCUGAUGCAGCAUGGAACCAGCAUCUACGAUGCACUGCACGGCGGCGGUAUUCCUAGCAGUCCAUCCUACAGCCGUUGCAACUUUCCAUCGGCGUCGAUGCAGUACUUCAACAAUAGUCCAACGCAUGAUCCGGCGCACAUGUGGUCUGCUGGUGUGGCGGGACUAACCGAUAACGAGUACCUGAAGGGCGGUCUGCCAGCUUUUCAGCGAAUCGCUUCCAGUACCAAUGCGGCACGGGCUAACCACUAUAGUGCGAUCUCGACUAGCUACGGCCAACAGACUGAUCAAUGGCCAUCGCACUACGAAGCCAACGCUAUUGCGUACAGUACCGUGGCUUCAAGUACGUCUGGAAAUGGCCGACGGACGACGCCUACCCUGACACCUGCCACGGCCUUUUCGGCAGCCGCCUCGCUGACUGCAAUGGGCAUAGAAGCGGACUUGUUUACCGAGGGACGAGAAUGCGUCAAUUGCGGUGCGAUUCAGACGCCGCUCUGGCGUCGGGACGGAACUGGACACUAUUUGUGCAAUGCGUGCGGCCUCUAUCACAAGAUGAACGGGAUGAAUCGGCCGUUGGUCAAACAGCCCAGACGCUUGGUAAAAGAACCUAGUUCAGCGCGACGCGUCGGACUGCAAUGUUCCAACUGUCAAACGGUGAAAACUUCGCUCUGGAGACGCAACCAGGUCGGCGAGCCGGUGUGCAAUGCGUGUGGCCUGUACUACAAGCUGCACAACAUUAACCGACCUUUGACGAUGAAGAAGGACAACAUUCAGUCACGCAAACGCAAACCAAAGGGCAGCAAAAACGCCGAUGGAGCAGCAGCAGCAUCAUCGAACUCGAAGAGUAGCAGUAGCAAUAGCAAUAAUAAUAAUAGCAGCAGCAGCAACAACAACAACAACAAUAAUAGCAGCACCAACAACAGCAAUAAUAAUAACUCAAGCAACGCGGCCAACAUGUCCGUGUUAGGAAAUUCACUUAAUGAAUUGAAAUCUUUAAAAACGGCAGUAGGGCACACGGACAUCAUUCAAUCCACCUCGACGCCAUCGAGCGUCGGCAGCAACCUGUCACCGGUGCACCAGUCACCUUCGCCAGCACAUCACAAUCAGCUUUCGCCAAUCUCGUACGCUCAACAGAUCCCGUCGCUAAUCACCAGCACUCCAACUAGUACCAUCGUUAAUAAUAACAACAACAUCAAGUACAAUCAGCAGAAGUCCGUCUUCAUGAUGCCCCCGUUCGGGAGUACAUUGGCUAACGCCAACGCGCUCGCCACUCAUCAGGUCGUAUCAUCACUCAGCCCCAUGGGGUACCAUCUGAAUAACAACGGGCCGACCAACGGGUCAAUGAUGAGUCCCAAGUUCCAUCAUAGUCCUUCAGAAUCUCCGAACAGUAUGUACUACGAUAUGAUGCAUUCGGACGUGAAUGGCGUCGACCCGCAUGGGUUGGGUUCGAUUGUGAAGAUGGAACCAAUGACGAGCCAUUACUAUCAACAGGCGCUCCAUCAGGCGCAGGUUCAACAGCAUCACCACCACCAACAGCAGCAGCAGCAAAUGCAGCAUCAACAUAUGCAGCACCAAAGUAGAAGCCCCUCCAUCUCAGAUGAGAAUGAUCAGAGUCACCAAUCGCCGGAGGCACUCGACAGCAAGCAUAGCAUCACCCGGCCUACGGUGGUUUCAAUGUCCAGCUAAGCCUUUUUGAUGGGGGCUGUAAAAGAUAGAAGAAACGAUAUAUUUUAGAAUCUCAUGCUCAGAAGCCAAAUGCAGAAUGAACCAAAAAGACUAAUAAGAAUAGCCAAGCCAACCAUUUCUCUUACGAUGAUUCAUCAUGACAAUACAUCUAUUUGUAUAUAUGUAAUAGGUACCAUGAGGUACUAACUUUAGCUUUGUUUCCAAAUCGUGUAGAGUAAGUGCGUUUUACUGAGAAGCUAUACGCAAUUCAUCGUAUAGUUGACGUUGGUGGAGAUUUAUUUGUUUUGUAAAAAGAUCACCUAAUGUAAAAACCACAUUAUGACAAUAGCAUGAAAACGAGUGUGUCAUCUAAUCAAUUGCUUCAAACCAAGGCUAUUCGUUUGAGCUUUAAAUGUUUUUAAUUCCUUGUACGGAGAGUCGUACGCUGUAAAUAUACCGUUUUCUUGAAAGCACAUAUCAAAACAAUGUGAGGGAUCUGAGAUGUUACGGUUAAUUAUGUUUAGUUCGAGAACUUAGCUGUAAGCACGAGUGUGUAAAAAUGAAAGCUCUCUGACUCACAAAAUACUUCAUAAUCUUUCCAAUCUAGUGAUUUCAAGCGGCAUAGCUAGGUCAAAAAAUCACGACUAUUGUUAGUGGUAAAAAAAAACUUUCAGCUUACGAUUGGUUGAUGAAUGUUUUCCAUAAGUUUGUUAAUAUUCAGGUAAUUGUUAAAUUAGGUAUAUAUUUUGAUUAAUAAAGGUUUUUUGUAUCGAUGCAUUUACUUUCUGUAUACACUUUUGUCGUGUGGUGACUCACAGGUCCGAUUUGGAAUGACUCCACUUGACGCAAUUUUUGCCCUCGCUCGAAUGUGUGCUGUUAGGCUUCUCUUCCAUAUAACUGGAUAAAAUGGAAAUCAAGCUAAAUAUUUAAUUUGUGAUAACGAAGCGUGAAUGUAAAUGGUUCCAUGUUGGCAUAUUUUGCUGGAUGUGAGGUAGUACAUACGUAUUUUAUGUAUUCUACAAACUCGA